UAGUUAGUGGGAGCUGAGAGCACAGCACACACACACACACACACAUCUACAGGUCGAGAGCAGCUGGAGCUGCUGGGGAUUUUUCACCUGAACAUUCCUUGGAUCCACGGCCACAGAGUUCUCACCGCCGCCCGCCUCACAGGGACACACGGAGGGGGACACUUGAGACCUGAACCUGUCCCUGCCUCGCACUGCAACCUCACAAGUUUUUAUUUUUAUUUAUUUUUUUACAUUUUGAGUUCUUGUUAUUUUUCAAACAGGAGCUCGUCUGAAGCUUUUGUUUUAAAACCUCGGUCGCGGAGAGACAGGCAGCGGCUCCAGCCGGAAGACUGUGGUCAAUCAUGGCGAGACACGUCGGACAUGACAGUCGAAAUUGGCCCGAGGACUUCACUAAAAUGAUCGGACUUCUGUGUUUGGUGGCAGCGAUUCUCGGGGAACACGGUGUGAGGGGUCAACGGGUGAAGGUCGAGCGCGAGGUGUUGUCUUAUCCUGGACAGACGGUGAACCUGCGCUGUGCCUUCACCGAUGCCACGGGGGUGCAGCUCACAAUGGUCACAUGGAUCUAUGAACCAAAGGACGGAACGAGGAGCAACAUCGCCGUCUUACACUCCAGCUUCCAGCCCAACUACCCCGACUCACCCCUGAAGGGCAGGGUCAGUUUUACCGCCACUCCUCCGAGCUUGGACAGUCCGUCCAUCCAGAUCACCGACGUCAGGAUGACCGACGAGGGGCAGUACAUCUGUGUGUACGCCACCUACCCCGGGGGGAACGAGCAGGGCAUCACCGAGCUCGUCAUGCUGGCCAAGCCUCAGAACUCGGCCUCCGUGGUCACGGUGGAGGCAGGAUCCAAGCCCGUCGUGGUGGCCCGUUGUGAGUCUGUCAACGGUCGUCCCCCGGCCCAGAUCUCCUGGGUGACGACGGCCAGCGGUAACGGGACCCUGACGUCCAAGACCGGAGACGACAACACGGUGUCCGUGACCAGCGAGUACCGCAUGAUUCCCACUCCGGAAGACAACGGGAAAGACAUCAGCUGCGUGGUGGCCCACAGGACCCAGGUCAAACCUGAGAGCUUCCCCCUCAAGCUGGCCGUGCAGUACCCCCCCAAAGUGACCAUCGUGGGCUACGACAACAACUGGUACGUGGGUCGUACCAACGUUGUGCUGACCUGCCAGGCCACUGGAAACCCUAUCCCCGUCACCGUGCUGUGGAGGACGAUGUCAGGAUCCAUGCCGGACACGGUCCAGGUCACAGGGAACGAGCUGAAGGUCCUGAAGGUGGACGAGGCCGUCAACACCACCUUCGUGUGUGAGGUCAAGAACCGCAUGGGGGUCAGCAGAGACCAGGUCACAGCUCUGGUCAGAGAGCCCUCAGUGAACCCGUCCAAUGCCGGCGUGGUGGCAGGAGCAGUGAUUGGCUCCCUGCUCGCCCUUCUCUUGGUCGCCGCUCUCAUCGCCGUCCUUAUCACCCGUAGCCGGCGGCAGCAGCAGGGUUACCGUGCCAACGGCAGCAGCGACAUGAAGACUCGCAUGUUUGGUGGCGGCAAGAAGUCCAGCAAGAACGGCACAAACGGGGGCACAGGAAGUGGUGGCGUCGGAGGCGGGAAUAACAACGGGCCCAUCUACGUUUACAACGACGGCUCCUCCCACCAGGGCCUCGGGGAGAAAAACAAUCACCACCAGCCACUCACCAUGGGGGGGCGCCCUGAAGGUGUCACCACGGCCCCCACCGCCCAGGACAUCCUGCUGAGCAAUGAGUUAGACGAAGCGGAGAGGAGGAAGUUUGAUGAGCUGGAGGAGGAGGAGCGGUACGUCAACUUCAGCGGCGGCGCCCCCAUCCUGCAGCUCCGCCCCCCCGGAGACCAGGGCGACAUGAUUGGAGAUUACCUGGAUGACGACAUGGAGUCACAGAGGGAUGGCUCCGUGAUCUCACGGACUGCAGUUUACGUCUAGACGAUGAGGAGGAGGAGGACGAGGA